GUAGCUUGACAGCGGUGAAACGUUACAUGUGGAGCUGCAGUUUUCACAACACAAACAGCGUGUUUUACCUGUGAAGGUGUGUCAGCCUCGGCCCGGGAGCACAGCCGACAGUCCGCCCGCAUCAUGUCCCGCGUCGAGCUGCUCAGAGUGCUCGUCAACGAGCGGCUGUCCGCGGCCGCGGAGGAGAUCUUCGAGGCGGUCAAAAAAACCAUCGCGGGCUACGAGGAGGAGAUCCUGCUGUCCAAACGGGAGAUCCACCGGCAGCGCAGGGUGCUGCAGACCGUUUUAAAGCCUGACAUAAAGACAAACAAACACUCAGACCAAGACCAACCACAGCUGACUCUCUCAGUCUGGGAUGAGGACUUCCCCUCAGACCAGCAGCAGGAACACUGCAAUCAGGAGUGGAGCUCCGGUCAGGACCAGGAGCCUCCACAGCCUGAGAAGAACCUCCCCGGCUGCCAGGAGGAGGAGCAGCUUCGGGAGCUGGAGCAGGAUAACGCCAUCAUCAUCUUCACUCCUCCGUAUGUGAAGAACGAGCUGGACCAGCUUCAGCCCGGCGAUCGGAGCACCAGAGGAGAAGGGGAUCCUCUGCCGGGCACCUCGGCCGAGCGGGACCAGACGAAGGCGGAGGGGGACAGCGGGGCCUCCUCCAGCUGCUCUGCGGACGAACGCGACGACAGCGAUGAGGAGUGGAGGGCAAGCGCGGGGUCCCAGAGCGACGACAGCGACGACAACCUCAAGUGGAAGCAGCCGAAGGGCCCUCGUCUACCGAAAGCCCCGACGCUGCACCCGAGCAAAAAAAACAAAUCGCGAAUCUGCUGUAAAAUCUGCGGGAAAGCCUUUCACGCUAACGUCUCUUUGGUGAAUCACAUGGAAGUUCACCCAAAGGACGUCUGCGGCGUGUGCGGCGAACGCUUCGAGAGCGAGGAGGGCUUCCGGGUUCACCUGAAAACGCACGUGAAAGCGGAAAUCUGCAGCGUGUGCGGGAAAUGCUUCGGCGCCUCGAGCUCUCUGGAGACGCACAUGAGGAUCCACACGGGGGAGAAGCCGUUCAACUGCAGCCAGUGCGGGAAGUCCUUCAACUGCCGCCACAACAUGAUGCGACACAUCAGGAUACACACGGGCGAAAAGCCGUACCCCUGCACGGUGUGUGGCAGAUGCUUCAACGACUACUCCACGCUGAAACGCCACCUGCUGGUUCACGCGCACAAGCAGAACCUCAACGCAAAUAAUACGUCUGCCAAAGAAAAUGAAAAUGGCAACGACGCCGAGACGAAGAUGAAGACGCCGUCGCCAAAGAAGCAGCAGCCUCGAACCAUAUGUGAGGUGUGCGGGAAGAUGUUCCACUCCAUGGUUUCUCUGGUCAAUCACGCCAAAAGUCACGCCACGGACCUCUGCGGCGUCUGCGGGACGCGCUUCGACUCCGAGGAAAACUUAAAACGUCACCUGAAAACUCACAAAAACGGGAAAAUUUGCGAAGUGUGCGGGAAGUGUUUCGACAGUCAGGGAAGUCUGGAGAUGCACAUGAGGAUCCACACGGGGGAGAAGCCGUUCCUCUGCAGCGAGUGCGGGAAGUCCUUCAACUGCCGCCACAACAUGAUGCGACACAUCAGGACCCACACAGGUGAGAAGCCCUACCUGUGCAACAUCUGCGGCCGGAGUUUCAGCGACCACUCCACCCUGAAGCAGCACAGCAACAUGCACACCGGAGCGAAGCCGCACCGCUGCGAGAUCUGCGGGAAAGGCUUCCAGCGGAAGACGUACGUGAGGCUUCACAUGAAGAGCCACGCGACCGAGAAGUGAGCGCCGUUACGUACGGCGGCUGUGAAUAAACACUGAAGUUUAAAGUCUAAAGUCUUCAUGCAUCAUUGGCCCCCGUGAGGUUGUGAUCAUACAGGAUCUGUGUUUCAAACAGAUCUGAGUCACGUAUGAGCAGAAAAAUGUGAUUUGGUGCCUGCAGUCUGAUCUCACAUAUCUUUUCUCAGCCACACUCGCUGUAAACACUGUGUGUGUGGAGCGAGAGCGCCCCCCGUGGCCACAGCAGGAAUAGACUGCAUUGUGUUUAUUAGACACAAAUUGCUGUUUGUGAAUAAACACACACAUUGACGAGUGCUUUAUUUUUGCCUGUAAAACUCAAACCGUGACCUGGAGAAGCUGCAGAGUUUCUGCUGGUUUGUCUCUGCGAGCGUCCUCGUUUACAGAUAGAAUUUGAUCCGUGUUUAAGAUGAAAGCGUUGAUUAGCGCAGCUUGAAAUGGCUUCGACUCUUCGUCGCGUCCUCGGCGGUUUGGUUGUUGCAGGUUAGCUCACAGUGCAGAGCAGCGUUUUGAAGGUGAGGCAUUUUGCCGCUCUCUCUGUAAUUUGGAUUUACAGGCAGCUUUUCGGUCGUCGCCGUCCCUGCAGCUCGCUUGCCUCUGCUGUGACCGACAGGAAUCAACCGGCAACUCCUUGUUCUGCAGGUCAGUUGCUCACUUGGCUGGCUUCGCCUCACAAAUACACGGUUUCACGUUAAAAAAGCUUCAGUCAUUUCCUCAAACAGCUGCUCGUUGUAGUUUCUAUCAAACACACAUGAGGAAAUAGUGCAUUUGUCAGGGACUAGUUUCAGCGGCGGAUUAAUCCACAGUUGUUGCCAUAGUGAGGAACAGUACCGAACAGCAGCCUCCGCUACGAUCGCAGCCUCAUACGAUGCCUCGUUGCAUUUUCUACAAAGUUUUGUCGUUCAGUCGUCUCAGUAGCUGCGUUUCCAUUACAGUUGUUCGCAAAAUAAAAGCGAUAUUUCUGAAAUUCAAGUUCAAAUGCUACUUGUAGCUGUUUCCAUUGAACGGUGUUUUUCAAACCAGCCAAAAUUCUCGUAAAUUCUCAGACGUCCUGCGAGAUUUAAUUUUGAGGAAGACGGCUGAAAGUGUUAUGCGUCCGCCGACCUCGGUGACGUGUAAAUGCGUGUUCCCAUUACACUUUCGCAAUACACUUUUAUAUCGACACGUCUAAAAAACCACCUCAUGAGAGCAUAAAAAUGUUUUCGCUAUAUUUGUGAGGAUUUUUUGAAAUAUAGGUGUUUCCAUUACCAGUUUUUUUAUUGCGAUAUUUAGGAUUUGCGCAUUUCUAGGGGCAAAGAAAACACAGCUAGUGACAUUCAUAAAAUCACUCACAAACAACAAGGUUUCAUUUGCCCUCAUGGCUGAACGGUCCAAGAUCUGAUCUGGAGACAGUUCAGAGCUCACAAUCACCUUCUUCUGAUCAGAGAUGCAGCAAAGUUUUCUAAUCUGCAGGUUUUUCUGUUUCCAUGACCUCAGAUGUUUUACUGCAUACUGUCAUCUCAUAAAUAUUUUACUUUCUACUUUCUUUUGCUUUCAUGGUGACAUAAUUUAGUUUCCAGACACGUAGUAUUAAAAACGUGGGUUUUAUAAUGUUUAAUGUGUUCUUGAUCACUACAGAAUGUAACACUGCACGGCUCACAGAGGCACCAGACAUCCUUCUGUUUGUAGUUUUCUGUAUUCUGAACGCAGCGUAGUCACAAUGUGCCUGUGACCGACGCGAAGGAUUGAAGCGUAAACAGACUGUUGAUGGCAGUUUGAUCUCACGACACCGGAUAUCGAAGCCACGCCUUUAAAACAGCCGCUCUGCUCAUGUGGAGUUUAUCUGAGGUCACGUAUUCAACCAAAGACGUCUGCGGAGCUGCGAGACUGAAACUCAGUGAUUUGUUCCAGGUUGUUUGAAUAAAACUUCCACUUUA